AUGGCAACCAGCCCAGAUAAGACCGAAGCUAUACAUCCAGAAAUUGGGCCUUUCGAUAAUGUGAAAAUCAUCGAACCUAAAAAUAAAUGUGUGGAACAUAAAAAGUGCAAAUAUCCUGGUUUUCGCAGAAAUAUUUAUGAUUAUUUUACGGAAUUUUCGAGUAAUACCGGAAUCCAUGGCUUCAAAUAUAUGGGCGAGCAAGAAAGAUCUUUCGCUGAAAAAUUUUACUGGUUAAUUCUCUUCUGUAUUUCUCUGUUCUUCUGUAUUUAUCUAAUAUUACAAGCAUGGCUAAAGUGGGAUGAACCUCCAGUUUUGGUAAGUUUCGCCCAAAGCCCGACACCAGUGUGGCAGGUGCCUUUCCCAGCAAUUACCAUUUGCUCCGAAACCAAAACGAGGCAGAGAAUGUAUAAUUUUACGAAUUAUUAUCACAAAGUUAUAGAUGAUAUGAUUAUAAAAGAAAGAAAUAUCUCAGCAGCAAGCAGUCUCACCGAUGAAGAGAUACAGAAAUUUUCUGACAUCUCGUUGAUUUGUGAUAAUCAUCUUUAUUCGGAAGGAAAUAAAACUACGGGUUUUGAAACCAUUGAAUACCUAAUAAGUCUCGCGCCACCAUUUGAAGAGGUUUUCAUGGGCUGUAAAUGGACAAGCACGAACGAGACUUGCAAUGACCUUUUCUCUCCAAUGUUAACAGAAGAUGGCAUUUGUUUCACAUUUAACAUGCUAGAUAGAAGCGAACUGUUUACAAAUGCUGUCUACUUACAUGGAGACUACAUGGAUCACGACAAGCGCUCAGACGGAUGGACCCUUGAAGAUGGUUACCCUCGAGUCGCAGGAAAAGACACAUUUCCUAGAAGAGUUAUGUCAGCAGGGUCGAAAGCUGGCCUAUUUCUUCUUUUGAGAGCUUAUGAACAAGAUCUGGAUUAUGUUUGUCGUGGACCAGUACAAGGUUUUAAAGUAUGGUUGCAUGAUCCAGCCGAAGUACCAAGGGUCGGAACCCAAUAUUUUAGAGCACCACUUAAUCAGGAAAUUGUAGUGGCAAUUAAACCUGACCUGAUGACAACUUCUGCAGGCUUAAAAAACUACGAUCCACACCGAAGGCACUGUUUCUUCGCACAGGAGCGACAACUACAAUUUUUCCAAAGCUACACACAGCAAAACUGUCAAGUGGAAUGUGUUGCAAAUUAUACUCGAACUAGAUGCGGUUGCGUCGCUUUCCACAUGCCACAUGAAGAAUCGACGAAAAUUUGUGGACCUGGAAGCAAUCAAUGCAUAUUCGAAGCAGAACAGGAGUUGCUAACUCGCGAAGUAGAAUCAGGACUUCAUCGUUUUGAAGGUGAUGAAGAAGACAGUGUUUCAAAAACAGAGUGUGAUUGCUUACCUGCCUGUACUUCCAUAACGUAUAAUGCAGAAACUUCGCAAGUCGACUUCAAUUGGCCUAUGCUUUUUCAAGGAUUCAAAGCUAAUUUUAGUGAAUUUCCAGGGAUUCAGAUGACCAGGUUAACACUCUUUUUCAAGGAUAUGAAUUUUCUCAAUUCAGAACGAAAUGAACAACAACUUUAUGGACAAUUAGAUUUCCUUGCCAAUUGUGGAGGAUUAUUGGGUGUGUUUACUGGAUUUUCGUUCUUGUCGAUCGUUGAAAUUGUAUAUUUUCUGUCAUUAAGACUACUGUGUAACAUUAAAAAGUAUGGUGUACACUUCUGGUCUGGAUCGAAAACGUUAUUAAAUGACGACGCUUAUCACAAGUAA